AUGGGGUCUGGGUCCUCCGUUCCGAAGAAGCGGGAGGAAGAGGUGGUCGAUCCAGAUGAGGACGGGGAGGAGGAGGAUGUUGAUGUGGACGGCGCCAUGGAGUGGGAAGACGAGGACUCCGAGUAUCCCGCGUUUCCCCGGAAGCUCUUCAAAGGCUAUCUCAGGGGCACCGUCCGUCGAGGAAAGAUGAAGAAGGUGCUCGUGCACUAUGCGAAGAAGCUGACGGAACAUGACAGUGAAGAUCCGGUCUUCGUGUGGAAGGAGGCCUUGCGGGCGGUGCCAGGCCUCGUGCGGAAAAGCGAGCCCAUGGACUACACCCGCACCUGCAACAUUCUGAAAGACUCCUUCGGCAUUGAUCAUCCACAAGGCAUCCUGAAAUGUGCGAUUCUAGAAAGAGGCUCGAAAGCCGAGGGUAUCGUCUACGCGGUGAUGCACGCGCUGCCUGCAGAGAAGCUUGCCAAGCUGGACGACGGGCAGUUGAUUGUAGAGAACUGCCUACCAUGGGGUGGUGAGGUGCAAGGAACUGGCCACCCCACACCAGCCUCAGGCAAGGAGAGUCUCCUCCAAGCGAUGGAGGAGAACAGAGAUGACAGGGGCUUUUCCCAGGUGAUCUACGACUUCAUCGAUAUGAUGCAGAUCUUUGGUGUAGUGCAUCUCCUCGAGGUAGCCAAGGACAAGAAGGAGCUCUAUGAGGGGAUCUUGUCCGAGGAAGAGGUGGGAAAGCUAAGGUCCUUCGCCAGCCAAGCAGCGGCGCGAUUGCCGCUCCGUGCCCUCCAUCAGGAGCUUUGCAAAGCCAUAUGCAAAGGGGAUGCGCCGGGUGUGCAGGCCAUGCUG